AUAAAAAAUAUAAAAAAACAAAUUGAAAUUAUAUAUUACUUAAUUUCUGUAAAUAAUAAUCAAAAGCAAAAAAGAAUAAAAGACUCAGUAUCAAAAACUAAUAUAUUAUUAACAUUAUUAAUUAUUAUGCAUCAGCACCCUUAGUUUCUAUAGCAAUAAAUGCAGUAAUUUUAAAUCAUCUUACCUAUAUAUGCUUAACCAUAAAAUAAUAUUUUUCCUACAUAAACAUCGUUUACUCGUUCGCUGAGGGAGAUUAACUUAAUAGAUAAGAGUGAGCUAGAAAAAAUAUAAAUAUUUACAGUAAGUAUUGGCAAUUUAAACUAUAAUCGCUAGAAAGAUAUUGAUUUUUAUCCUAACCAUUUGAGGAAUUGCAAUCAAUUGCAAUAUAGUCAGGCUUAAUUUGAAAAGAAGGCUUAAAUUAAUUAAAUUUAAGAUAAAGAGGAUGAUGUAGAAGAGAUAAAAGAUGAUUAAAUUAAAAGCAAUGAUAUUAUUAAUUCAGGGGUUUAAAACUCUUUUAGAACUUUGUAAAAAAAUGGCAAAAUUAAUCAAGACUUUAAUGCCUUAUCAAAUAGUUUGAAGAAUAACAAAGGAAAUUAACAAGUCAGCCUAAGUAAUCAACAAUCUCUACAAAAUUCUUAGCCUUAAAGGAUGGAAUCUCCUGACAAAUUUAAAGAUUCCAUUAUAGAGCAGAAAAGAAAUAAUAGACUCAGCAGACUUAAUAUUAUAAAAGAAAAAGUAUAGUAAAAAAUAAAAGAAUACAAAGCAACAUGCAAGCUCAGUCAGAAAUAGUAAAAGAAUCAGCUGCUAAACCUCAUGCAGAUCAGUUAAUUAAAUGAAUAACAUUCUAUUUAACAGCAAGAAUCGGCUAAUAAAAAAAUAAAUAAAUGUUCUGACUUGUAAGAAAAUAUAGAUAAUGAUAAAGUUCGUCAUUAUAAUACAAGAAAUUGUACUGCUAAAAAAUAUAAUUGUUCUCAGUAAUAAAAUACAAAUUUGAAAUAAGAUACUAAGAAAAGAUAAUCUAUUAUUUAAAAAGAUGAUGAUGGGGACUUAGAUGCAAUAUCUCCAAAAUUAUGCAAGAAAGUUAAAAAAAAUUCAAUAAGUAACAAUAAAAUAAUUAUAGAAAAGAAAAAGAAAGUAUCUCGUUCAAUAUAAAAGUAAUCUUUGGAAUAACAUGCGCAAAAUUCUAAAAUCCUGAGCUCUUGUGUUUCAGAUAAUGACUAGCUCACAGAUGGGUUACAAAAAAAUAAAAAUUAAAAAAAAAAUAAUAUGGAGCCAGUAAAUGUAGUUUUGAAUUAAGAGGCUGACAGAAGAAUAACUAGGAGCACUGCUGCAGCUAUUAAAAGCUAAGCUGACCAAAAAGAACAAUAAUUAUAAUCAAAUUUAUAAUCUAAUACUCAAAAAUAAAGUACACCUAAAAAUUAAAAAUAAAGAAAUAAAUUAUUUAAGGCCGUAGGUGUAGUAGAAUAGGUUGAUAAAAAAUAAGUCUCUAAGAAAAAAAAAUCAAUAAAUCUUCAAAAAUAGAAAAAGUUAAUUAACUCGACAUAGUAACAGUAAAACAAUACAAGAAAUCGUUCAGCUUAACAAAAUUUAAAUUAAAAGUCUGAUACCAAACAAAAAAAGUACUAAAUUAAAAGCGAAGUUUACAGCAACAGUAGCGAGAGCGAUACGAAGGAAAAAAAAACUGUAACUAAAAAAAUUUAGGGUAUUAAAAAAACUCAGUAUGUAGAAGAUAUAGGUAGCAAGUCUAAAACUUAAAAGAAAAAUCUUAAAGAGAAUAACAAAAAAUUAGUUGCAUCAAAAAUAUAAGAAGACGAAGACUAAUAAGAUUUGAAUCCUUUGAACGAUGAUGAUGAUGAUGAUUUAUAGAUAAGUCAUUAAUAGAAUAGCCAAUACCUAGAGUUGGAAGAGGAUGAGGAGUCAGAUUACGAUUUUUAAGAUUAAGGUGACAGAAGCUAAGACGAGAGCUUUAUUGUGGAAAGUAUUCACGAGCAAGAAAUUUAAGAUGAGGAGGAAUAAGACGAUCUUGAUGAAAGCAGUUACUUGAGUGAUGAUAUAAAAUAAUUAGAAUAAGAAAUUGAUUAAGAGAAAUACUUUUAGGAAUCAUUGACUGAUUUUUAUGAUUACAAUGAAGAUGAUUUGGAGGAAGAAUUUAAUAUUUAAAGCGGAAGUGGAAGUGAAAGUGAUAGUUCUUCAGAAAUGGAAUCUUCUGUUUCUAGGUUUGAAUAAAAUAUACAGCCAUAAAUACAAUCUUAAAAUUUUUUUUCAUCGAAUAUUAAUUUUAAUAAUUAAAUGCAAAUUCCCACAAUUUAUAUUUCUUCUGAUGAUAGCUUGAUGGAAAUUAAAUUAGACCAAAUUUGUAACAACUAAUAAAAAAAGUAAGAGUCCUUUUAAAGUGAAGAAAUACCCAAAUUGGAGAUUAACAUUGAAAAUGAUUUAAUUAAUUAGAUGUCUGAUUACAUCCUUUGCGGUCAUUUAGAAAAUCUCAAACAGAUGAUUCUUCAGUCAAAGUGUGAUUUGCUAAAUCUAAAAUGCUACAACCAUGACAGGUUAUUUGCAAAUUAGUAUCUAUACAACAACUUCUUUUCAACUAUAAUACAAUUUGCAGUAAAGCAAAGGACAAAGCAAUUCAAGCUUGAGUUUCCAAAUUAUAACAUGCUUUAGAACUUUACUGAUAACCUCUAAAUUAUACCCUCUGAAUUUGAAGUUUUCAAAAUAUAAAUAUUCGAAGAGUAAGUGGAAUACAUUAUGGAUAAUAAAAUAAUUUGUGAUUUUACUGAUACUUGUGUAUACAAUCCAUUUUCUAAAGUUAUUAGAGCUUUCAAAGGUCUCUACAAAAAGGCAAUAGUAAACUUAGCACAAAUAUCUCACUUACCCAGAGUCAUGAAAGACUUACAAGCCUCAGAGUUCUCAAUUAAAGUCCAAAGCUCAGACAUCAGAGGCAAGGAAAUGCUAGAAUUUAUGAACAGCUUUCACUUUAAAGAUAUCAAAAAAAUGGAUGUAGCUUUUUUGAAUGAUAGGAUCAAAUACAGCAAAUCCAUACCAAUUAAUCUAUAUAAAUCAGAAAUGGGUUGUCUUAGCUAAUUCAUCAGAUUCAAAGAGGCUGUAGAAAGAAAUGCAUAUUUCCACAAAACAGUUGAGAUAAAUACAUAAGAGUAAAAUCUGAGUGAUAGCUAAUGGAAAUACCUUACUAAAUAUAUCAGAUAAAAGAAGGACUAAAAUAUCUUUGAUGGAAUAAACUUUAAGAUACAAUAUAUUUCAACUUCUAUUUUUAAAUAUCUUCUCAAGUUUAUUUAGAAAACAGAAAAUUCAUUUAAAAAUAAGUAUAUUAUUGUUAGCAAAGAUAUAACAAUUAAAUAUAUUGAGUACUAGCUCAUACUCGAAUCUAAAAGAUCUGAUCUUCUUAUUUAGCUUGCACAGAAAAUUAACAUUUUUCAAAGGAUGCAUAAAUUUUGCUUACUUGGAUUAGAAAAUAAUCCAUUUUUAGAUAUUUCAUCCACCCUUAAGCAUUUUUAAAACAAAAUACCUCGCCUUCCUAACCUCUAUCAAGUACAUUUCGAGAUUCCAAAGGUUUUAGAUAAAAAGUAAUCAUAGAGAUUUGGAUUUAUUUUGUCUCAGCUGAAAGAAGUUAGACAUUUAACUAUUUAAAUAGUGGAUAAAGAAAAAGAGUUAAUCAGUCUCUAUAAUUAUUCAGUUAACUUAUGUAAUGUAUUUAAAGGAAUCCAAGAAAUGCAAAGUCUCAAAUAUUUAAACAUUUCAAUGAUAAAUUAUAUAAAUUAAUAUAGAUAUAACAGUAGAUCUCAAAAAAUAAGCAAUAAAAUCAUUGAAUAAAUUAGUCUACUUCUCUAAAAAUGCACAAAUAUAUCUGAAUUAUAUAUGAGUUUUCCAAUUUUAAAUUAAACUCAAUUAAAAUAGCUUAUAACUCCUAUUUCUAAUUUGUCUCUCAAUGUUCUAGAACUGAAUCUUGUUUCGUUAAAUGUAAGCUACAAGACCUCUACUCAUACUAUGUAUAUUACCAAUGGUAGGAUUCAUUAAUAUCACUACAAAUACUUCUCUGUUGAAAAACUCAUAAUGGUCAUGCAGAAACUUAGCAAUGUCAAAAACUUUGAUAUAUUCCUUAAUCUAAAUAGCCAGCAAGUCAAAAAACUUAAGGCCUUUAAUAAGCUGUAGCAAGGUAUCAAUUCAAUGUCGCUGCACUUGCAGUUUGACAGUGCAGUAAUGGUUUUUGACUUCCAUUAAGGAAAGCACUAUAGAGUUGAGUUGAAUUCUUUCAAUAUAUAAAACUUUUUUAGUAACUCAAAUGAAAUCUGCAAAAAUUUAAUUGGAAUAUUUCUACCUUUAGAUAAUUUCAUGAUCACAAAAGUCAAUAAAUUCCUCUUCCAUAAUGUAAAUAUAAUAUCACCUGACCAAAAUGCUUUCCUAAUAGACAGCAUUAAAAAGUGCAUAGAGUAGUUAACAGAAGUAUCUGAGAUCAAUAUUAUCCUUAAAAUGAACCAAAAUAUAGAAAUUUAAUCUAAAUUUAUUGAAUUUUUAUCAGAUUAAAUCAAGAAACCUAAAUUUGCUAAGCUCUAAAAACUAUCCUUAGAAAAAUUAUGCGAUGAUGCUUUUAAGAUUCAAUCAAUUAAAGAAAUUUGUGAAAAGUUAAUAUAAAACAAAGGAAAGCUAAACUUGUCAUCUAUUGAAUAUGAUUUUAUAGCAAAUCUAUCUCCUAAGACAGUAGAUUUUGUGAUAAAAAGACACAUGCCAUAAAAUUUUACUAUAAGGACGAUAAAUAGUGACAAGAUAACUAUCGGAUAAGGAAUUCUUGAAUGUUGCAUGAUGUAUUUAGCAAACUUCAAAAAUUUGGAUAAAGCAAGCUUUGCAUUUGAGAACAUGUAUGUGGAUGAUUUAAUUAUGAUUAAUGUAGUGUAAGAUAUUAUAGCAUCAAUAAAGUCAUGUGUUGAUUUCAAGCUUAUCUUACAAAAUUUUAGAUUAAACCAACAGAAUUUGCCCAUAUUUAAACCUAUUUCAUAGUAUGCAAAUCUAAAGCAACUAUAAAUCAUUGGCAAUUACGAUAAAAGACUUAAGGAAGUUAAUGGAGUUAUAAACCUUGAGAGAAACAGUUCUUCAGAAGAAGAAGACUCAGACCAUUAGAUAGCUUUACAAGAUCAAAAACUCUAGUAAGACAGAUUCUUAAUAUACUUAAGUGAAAUACUAAGACAAAGCAACACACUUACAAAAUUCACAUAUAGACCAUACAUUUAAGGAUAAAAAUUCUCAAACUUUAGCAUGAUCAGAAGCAUAAGAAACUUAGGCUUCUGUAAGUCUUUAAAAGAUUUUAAGAUAGAACUAGAAGAUGCUAUUAAGCAGCAUAUAUUUGCUGAACUAAAUAAUAAACUAUCAAAACACUAUGACAAAAAAAGAAGAAUAUGCCAAAUAAUUAAACUGAUGCAAGCCAAGCAAGUUUUAGGAAAACUAAAGCGUAUUGAACUCUUCCAUGAAAUCUUAUAAGAAUUUUACUGAAAAUAAGAACAUACUAAAUUAUUUCUUUUUUACUUAUUCUCUUCCAUCCACCAUCGACCUAUCUAUUCAUCUAUCAAUACUAAAUAUUUUGUUUUAAUAUAUUAAUUAAUAUGUGGCUCUUAGAAUCAUUUUAUAUAUUAUUUAUUUAAAAUUAUAAUUUUAUAAUGAAAAUUUUACAU